AUGGUGGCGGAGACUAAAUACUACGAUAUCCUCGGCGUCACUCCGACUGCCACCGACGCCGAACUGAAGAAGGCAUACAAGAUCGGCGCGCUUCAGUUCCACCCGGAUAAGAACGCCAACAAUCCCGAAGCCGAGGAGAAGUUCAAAGUAAUUUCCCACGCUUAUGAAGUCCUUUCCGAUAGCCAGAAACGACACAUCUAUGACCAGUAUGGUGAGGCUGGCCUCGAGGGUGGUGCCGGCGGCGGCGGCGGCAUGGACGCCGAGGAAUUUAUGGCUAGCAUGUUCUCCGGAAAUGGCUUUGCAAGCUUCGGUAAUAUGUUCUCUGGUGGCAUGGGCGCCGGCAUGGGCCGCAACAGAGGCGCCGCCCGUAAGGCUCGCACCAUUGCUCAUACGCAUAUGGUCUCGCUCGAGGACAUAUACCGCGGCAAGAUCUCAAAGCUGGCGCUUCAGCGCUCUAUCAUCUGCUCCAAGUGCGAGGGCCGUGGUUGCAAGGCGGGUGCCGCCAAGCACUGCCCAGGCUGCAAUGGUCAGGGGACCAAAAUAUAUGAGCGCAACUUUGGCGGACGAUUUCAGGUUACCUGCGCUGACUGCAAAGGAGAAGGUGAGAUCAUAAAGGACAGAGAUCGCUGCAAGCAGUGCCAGGGCAAGAAGACUGUUGUUGAUCGCAAGGUUCUGCAUGUCCACGUCGAUAAGGGUGUCCGCAGCGGCACCAGGGUCGAAUUUCGCGGCGACGGUGAUCAGGCGCCCGGCUACCAGGCGGGUGACGUUCUCUUCGAAAUUCAAGAAAAGCCCCAUCCUCGCUUCAGGCGCAUAGACGACCACCUUUUCUACAACUGCAAAAUUGAUCUCGUCACUGCCCUUGCCGGUGGUACUAUCUACGUUGAGCACUUAGACGAUCGUUGGCUGAGCGUCGAUAUCCUCCCGGGCGAGGCCAUUACCACAGGCUCCAUGAGAAUUGUAGCCGGCGAGGGUAUGCCUUCCCACCGCCAUCACGAUCACGGCGACUUGUACAUCAAUUUCGAAGUCACUAUGCCGGAGAAGGACUGGACACAAAACCCCGAGGCUUUUGAGGCCCUUCGCAAAUUCCUUCCUUCACCCGCUGUGCAGAACGUUCCUCCGGCCGAGUCAAUGACCGAGCCAUACGAUCUCGAUGAAGUCGAGCCAGAGAUGCAGGCCGCUAUCCAAGAACACGUCGCGGAACUAAAGAGAGCUGAGCAAGAAAAGUCCAGCAGACAGCAACACGGGUCUGCUGGUGGUGCAACUGCUGAGGGCGUGCAGUGCGCGACGCAGUAA